UUCCAAAAAUGAGUUUGGGAAGUUGUGUGCUCCUCCCAGCAGGUUUGAGUUUGGCUAAAAAAAAAAGACACUCAACCAUGAGAGCACCAUAAGUUCUAAAUGGGGAAGUCUCGCUUUCACUGGCUGCUCUUCCUCUUCCCUUUUCUCAGACUGACCAGCAGCUUUCGGAGGUGCCCUCUUUCCAACAGGAGUUUGAUCAUUGGGAGCGCGUGUGUUGUCUAUCUGUUGGUGGUGGUUUCACAAGUUGGAUACUCGCAGCAGCCGCACAGAAGGAUUGACAAAGACAAGUACCGACACACCACCCGUGGAUUGUAUAAUCUGGAUAUCAGUGAUGCGCUGCCAGACCUUGUGGACUUGCAGACUGGUGCGAACUUUGUGGACCCAACACGAUCCAAUGUGGUUUACAUAACGCUGAAGACUAAGCGCCUGAAACCUGCACAUAUUCGAGCUACAAUCAGACCAAAACUGAGGAGAAAGGUGAGAAGGAAUAAGGAAGCUGAUUCAGCUUUUACGCACAAUAAACUUGGCACUUUGGAGCGUCAAAUUAUGCGCAACGUUGCACCCAAGACUUCCUGGGGAGGAAAGAGGGAUGUUUAUUAUAAAUCUUUGGAUAUAAUACAAACAGACGAAGAGGCAGACUCUCACAUUAGCUCUAUCCGGAUUUACAGCCAGAAAGCACCGCCGUGGUUCAGCCAGCAGGACGUGGAGGCCAUGCGCUUUCUUGCGGAUGCCAAAGUUUUGCGCAUCAAAGAAGUUUCUCGUGGAGACUCUGCGUCACUUCUGAUAUUUGAGGGCGAGACGAGCGUUUCAGUGAGCAACCAAAAACUCACACAACAAAGGGACAAUGUAUGUGGAGGACAGUGUGGAGUCAUCAGCAGCCCAGUGGACACUACUGAGGUGUUUGCUUUCCAUUUGGACAGGGUGCUGGGGCUCAAUAGGACUUUACCAGCUGUCAGCAGGAAGUUCAGCUUCUUACAUGAUGGCCAGCCCUGUCCAGUGGUGUCAUGGGAUGCAUCUCUCUACCCAGAAGGCCUUGCUGCAGGCUGGUCCACCGUGAGGUUAACAUGGGGGGAGUACCAGAGCUCCCUGAAACAGAGGUGUUGGCAUAAAAACAUCAGCCCGAAGCCUGACUCCGGCUGCUCCACAGUUCAUCACUACGAGUGGAGUAAACUGGCUCUGUUUGACUUCUUGCUGCAGAUUCACAACCGUCUGGAUCAGAGCUGCUGUGGAUUCAGGCCCAGGCAGGAGGAUGUGUGUGCUGAAUGUGAGGACCAAAACCACAUACAGCUGACCAACAUCAUCCACAGGGGUCACGACCCCAGGCACCUGGUCUUCACCAACAACAAGGGCUUCUUUGACCGCAAUGAGGACAACCUGGACUUCAGGCUGCUGCAAGGAAUCAAAGAGCUCCCAGAGCAGGCGGUGUCGGUGCUGACAAGCAGGAGGCUGAGGGAGAAGCUCCUCCAGUCUCUGUUCCUGGACCAGACGUACUGGGAGAGCCAGGGCGGCCGGCAGGGCAUCGACAAGCUGAUCGAUGUGAUUGAGAGGCGAGCCAAGGUGCUCCUCACCUACAUCAACGCUCACGGGAUCAAAGCCAUCACAAUGAAGACGUGAUGAGAGUCACAGCGGUCAAGUGGCAACAUUACUGAGACAUGAAUACAUUUAAUCCCGUUGAUUAACUUGAUCUCUGUGACUUCACUGAAUGUCCUUUUUUAAAAAUAACAAUAAUCAUAUUGCUAAUGAAGGACUUAUUAUAAAUUGCCUGCUAUCCUUUCAAAAUAGCAUCAAUUGCGUUGUUGUGUUGUCAUUUGCAUAAAAUACUGAGAGAGGCUCUAAUUUAACUAAUCUUGACCUUUACAAUGAGCCUAACUUUUACUUAAAGGAACAGUGUCAAGUACUUAUGGGGGAUCUAUUCGCAUAAAUGGAAUAUCAUAUCAAUUAAUAAGUACGUUUGCUGUAGUGUAUAAUCACCUGAAAAUAAGAAUCAUUGUUACCUUAGAAAUGAGCCGUUUAUAUCCACAUACGGAGCGCUAUGUUGCACUUCCGUGUUUCUACGGUAAUCCUGAACGGACAAACCAAACACUGGCUCUAGAUAAGGCCAUUCACGACUUCACGUUUUUGCAUUGGCCACCUACACGCUUGGCACACGGGAGAAGUUUCAGUUGAUAGAUAGCUAGAUAGCUAGAUACCACCUGAUCCUACACACUGCACCUUUAAGGAAACUACUUCUUUCUUUUGAGUCUUCAUUUCUGUCUUCCCCAGACAGAGGUGAAUCUACUGCCAUUAUUAUGUACAGAAUAGCUGCAGUUAUAACUUUGGCUCCUCCUGAGGCCUUGCAGUGCAUUAAGUGUAAUUUGCAUUUUAUAUGAAUGGAAUGCACUAAAUGACACGUUAUUUUCUUCUCUGCUCCUCCAGUGUGUCGCAGGAAUUAAGAGGUUGAUAAAGCCUGUUAGCGUAAAGCUAACAAGCCACAACCCAGAUCCACUUGGCUUGACUGAGGUCGCACAUUAUACACUGAAAAAAAAUAUUUUGUUUCAAUUGAGUUAUUUAAUCUUGUGUACAGUCUUAAAAGAUCUUUUUUUUCUCAAAGUCAAAGAGUUUUCACAACAUCACAUAUUAGCAUGAAGAUUGUAUAUAAGCAACAACUUGGCAUUGUGACUGUACUUUAUUAAAUGAAGAACUUUAAGGUGAGAAGUCAGAUGGUCUAUUCUAUAUGCACUCUUAUUUUCAAUUUGACUACAAAAACACUCACCAUUUUUACUGUAUUUAUUUAUUUUUGUACUUUCUUCUUUAAUUGAUGAAGAGCAUCAGAUGGUUGAUAAAAGUAUUAUUUGUCAAAUAUUUCAGCUUUGAUGAAUAAAAUCCUUUCUGAGGGAAAUAAGCACAA